CAAGAGAAAGGGGAUCCGUGGACACGUCUUCGUGUGAAGACGAACUGGAAAGCUCACUUAUUCUCUUGGAACCACCACACGUAUUUAAAAAAAAAAAAAUCCCAGCACCGUCAGAGGCCCCUGAGAAGUUGUGAUCUGGUCUGGUGAAUCAAGGCAGGCAAGAAUGGAGGAUUUCAUCUCCAUCAGUCUCCUGUCUCUGGCUAUGUUGGUGGGCUGUUACGUGGCUGGAAUCAUCCCCUUGGCCGUUAAUUUUUCGGAGGAGCGGCUAAAACUGGUGACUGUUUUGGGUGCUGGCCUUCUCUGUGGAACUGCACUGGCGGUCAUCGUGCCUGAGGGAGUACACGCACUUUAUGAAGAUAUUCUUGAGGGAAAACACCACCAGUCGAGUGAAACGCAGAAUGUGAUUGCAUCAGAAAAAGAAAAAGCAAUUCCAGCUGCCCAUGAGCAUGAGCACAGCCAUGACCACUCUCAGCUGCAUGCCUACAUUGGAGUCUCCCUCGUCCUGGGCUUCGUGUUCAUGUUGCUCGUGGACCAGAUUGGCAGCUCCCAUGUGCAUUCUACUGAUGAUCCAGAAACAGCAAGAUCUGGCAAUUCCAAAAUCACCACCACACUGGGCCUGGUCGUCCAUGCUGCAGCUGACGGUGUUGCUUUGGGAGCUGCAGCUUCUACUUCACAGACUAGCGUCCAGUUAAUAGUGUUCGUGGCAAUCAUGCUACAUAAGGCUCCAGCUGCGUUUGGGCUGGUUUCCUUCUUAAUGCAUGCUGGCCUAGAGCGGAACCGAAUCAGAAAGCACUUACUGGUCUUUGCGCUGGCGGCACCAGUCAUGUCCAUGGUGACAUACUUGGGAUUAAGUAAAAGCAGCAAAGAAGCCCUUUCUGAGGUCAACGCCACCGGGGUGGCCAUGCUUUUCUCUGCCGGGACCUUUCUCUAUGUUGCCACAGUUCAUGUCCUCCCUGAGGUGGGCGGAAUGGGGCACAGUCACAAGCCCGACCCUGCUGGAGGGAAAGGCCUCAGCCGCCUGGAGGUGGCAGCCCUGGUUGUGGGCUGCCUCAUCCCGCUCAUCCUGUCGGUAGGACACCAGCACUAACGGCCCAGGGGGCCAGCCUCAGACAGUGGCCGCUUGCCAGACAGUGAGAACAGCCAGCACCCAACAGCUGCUCACCUCCUCCGUCUCUGUCUCGCCUUGCCCAUCUCCACCUGUGUUCCUAGAGUCCAGAGGGAGGUGAGAGAAAGCCUGGAGGAAUGGAAAAGCUCUUAGAGUAGAAGCAACACAUUGUGACGGAUAGAGACAUUCCAUUGUGUUGUCUUGUAACAGGCCCAUGGCAUCUUGAGUUUGGAUGUUUCUCUCAACCCUAUUCUCAGGGAAGAUGGCAUUUAGUUUUAAGAAAAAGUGGAGAACUUCAUACUCAAUGAAAUUGUAAUUAUGAAAGUACAGUGUUCUGUAAUUAAGCUAAAUCUCUCUCCCUUUUUUUGUUGUUUUUGUUUUUGUUUUGUUUUUAGCUUCAAGGCUCUGCCACUCUAUCUGCUGAAUUUUAACAUGGAUCUCACCGUGUAAGACUGGUGCUUUAGCAUCUGUACCACAUGCCUUGAUAGGAGGUCAUAAUUAAUGCCCAGUGUCUUAGAUGCUAAAGAUGAUUGUAGGAAAUUUGGGGCCGGGUCGGGCAAGUGAUGGCAAGACCCACUGAAAGCUGAGUACACUCAAGAGAUCUGUACUGUUAAGGGAAUGUCUCCUCUCCUCCGUCCCUCUCUGCAGCAGAGGGGGACUAGCUUCUUCCCAGGUGACUUGAAAUGCGAGUUGGUAGCAUUUCUAGUUCUCCUUUGCAGAACACCUGUGUCUGGAAGACAUUCUUACAGAGAGGAGCCAAGUUCUAGUCUGUGCAGACCUCGGCUUUCCUUCAAGAAUGCACAGACCCCUAAGUGUCUUUGGAAAUUAAGGGGUGUUAAAUUUUAAAUGAAUUUGGAUAGUUUAUCCAAAACUUUAGAGUAAACCUUUUUAAAAGUAAGAUUACCAAUUUCUGUUUUUCCUUUUUUUUUUUCUUUUUUAAAGUAUUUUAGCAGGCCAGCAAUUCCUCUGACAGAAAUACAUGGUGCCCCUGGAGGGAGCUAGGUGAGCAUCAGAAAAUCAAGAUAUGGGUGCAGGAGCAAUGGUACAAUGGGUAGGGAAUUUGCCUUGGACGUGACCAAUCUGGGUUCAAUCCUAAGUAUCCCAUGUGGUCUGUUGCGCCCACUGGGAGUGAUUCCUGAGCGCAGAGGCAGGAGUAAGCCCUGAGCACCACUGGGUGUAGCCCAAAAACCAAAAAAAAAAAAGAAAGAAAGAAAGAAAAGAAAAUCAAGAUGUGUCACAAAUGGGAAGCAUUUGCUUAUUGAUUUAAAAGUAGUUGAAAUCAUGUCACCUGUCUCUUCAUGUUGUUCAUGCUUUUCUCCUAACCUUCCCCUCCAGCCCUUUCUCCCUAUAGUGCGCUGCCUACUGCUGGUGGCAGUAUUAACUAUUCAUAUGAGUUUGGUUCUCAUGAGGACAACCACUUCUUGAACUGUGAUGAUGAAGAUAAUAUUGUCAGUUCUUUAUUCCCUUCAAUGAAGUUACCUUUGUGUCAAAUGCAGCUUUGUUAAGCCUUUAAAAUAAACUUCCUCAUAUAUGAGAUGCUACAUUCACUAAUAUUCUGGUAAUUUAAACAGCUGAAACAGUAAAAGUGUUUAACAAACUAGGAGAAUUUUCCCGUAUUUGCCAAAAUCCCUGUAAGCCUUGUAUUAUCAAAUAAGUGUAUAAUAUUGUGUUAUUAAUUUAUUUUGAUUUUCUGUAUCAUUUCAAAACAUAUUACCUAAAGAAGGAACCAAGACUAUUUUCUUCAGGGCAGCAGAUUUAAGAGUUUGUAAAACAUUUUAUAUGACAUAUAAGCCAGCAUGCAUGUGAUUUAUUUCCUUUCUAGGUUUGUCACUGGGUCAGCAGCUGUGAAAGCAGAACUUGCAAGCCCUCUGCUGGCUGGAGACCAAAGUAGCAUAAAUAGAAUACUGAUUUUGUAUAGUGGCUGGCAGCCAUGGCAGACAAUAUUAAAGCAACGGAAGGCAUUGCAGGGAGUCUUAGGUGAUUUCCCUGAUAACAACUCAGACUCACGGGAGUCACAGUGUUUCAUCUGGUCCUUUAAAAUGACACAGUUGCCUUGAUUUUCCUUGGAAAUUCACUUUGUUAAAUAAAUGGUGCGUUUUGAUGUCUGGUUGAUUUGGUUUGGAUAGUUGCACUUCCUCUCACACACCGCUGUAUGCAGUGAUCAGAAAUUUGUUCUGCUGGCCAAUGCCUCUUUAGCAGUGCCUUGCCAUCAGGAAUAAAAAGUUUGGCUAGAGUAGCUUUCUGGGUAGGGCUUUGCACUCUGGCAAGGAUUGAACUAUCUAACUCCCAAAUUUGCCUCCCCCCCUGGACCUCAUAUUAAUAAGCAAAACUUCUCCAAGGCCUCUCCACUUCCAAAGCCAUAGGCUUUCCCAGAUGUUAAAGCUGCUGCCUCGGGAAUACUCGCUCCUCUCCUGGUCAGCAGGCCGGAAUAGCCAUACUAAUCGAAUAGGGCUCAGACGUAUCCUCAGGCAGCAGAGCCGGGGUCUCCUUCGUGAAGGGGCAGAACAUGGUCAAGGUGGACAGUGUCCCAGGAGCGGCCACCCUGAUGGUCACUGAUUAGCAUGUUUCCACGGCAUUUUCCUCCUGUUUGAAACUGCCUCCCUUGAGGUGGGUGCCUUACUGCUCACCCAUUGAAAACAGUAGCAAUCUUUAAGUUGCUGCCAUGCUUGCAGGCAGAAGGAUUGGCUACCAAAGAGAUGCAGUUGAUGAUGAAAAGCAUGGUCCUUCCUCAUAACCAAAGCUAAUUGGAAUUCGACUUCCUUUCCUUGGUAGGAAUAGUCUUUUGUUGUUGUUGUUUUUGGUUUUUUGUUUUGUUUUGUUUUGUUUCAGAUCCUGAGUGUUCUCUUAAAUGGUAAAUGAAGUUGAAAAGUCACCACAGAUCUACCCCGCUCAUUCGUUCCCCAGUGACUCGCUCUCCAGUUGCCACUUCUCCAGGGCUUCCUGUGCACGGAGUUGCCGGGUCUCCUUUCUUCGGCAAAGGCUCUGUCCUAGGUUGUAGCGCACCGGCAACUCCCCCCUCUCAUCCUUCCCCCCCUACCCCACAGACACUCUCUGCUCUCUCAUCCCCUCAGCCAGCCUUUCCGGUCCCUAUUCACAACAGCUGAGUACUCAGCCCUGUGCCUGUCCUUUGGAACAAUUAGGGGAGAGACAAAUGGCCAUUUAGACUGGGAAGUUCUUUCUAGGAAAAAGAAAAUAGGAUUCUUGGAUUUGUUUGUUUGUUUUCCUGGCCUGCUUCUAAGUGUCACUCCUGAAUUUCCCCUUUUUCAAGGAUGGCAGCUGGGGGGGGGCACACCAGCACUGGCGUGUGUGGAGCCCCUCAGGUGCCUGGUAGCUUUGUUCUUACUGACCAUGGAAUUGGCGACAGCAGCAGAGGCUGUCCUGCUGUGACGGCCCCUGGAUGAUGACCGCAGUCGUCUAGAACGGUGGCAGUGCUGGGCGAGAACCUUCUGCAGCUGAUUCCAGGGUGGUCUUCCUCUGCUCAGUGCAGAAUGCCCUCCCCCAUCAUCUGAAGAGCACGGCAAGAGGUGCUGUGGACUUAGAACUAGGGGGGUGGCCCCUUUGUACCCAACAUCUAGAUACACUUCAGCAGACUAGAGGGAGACUUGUGACUUGUAGGAAAGGACUAAACAAGCCUAAGGAAUUCUCUAGAUACUCAGCCUAACACAGGGAGGUUGGCUUAGCUCUUUUUUCCCCAAUAGCGUCUUCUAGCUCCUUGGAAAUCUCCUGAGAAAACACUAAAGUCCCCCUGGUUCAGUAGCCUGAAGAGUAAUUUUAAGUGUUCUUUUCUCGACUCCUUUGUAAACAUGAAAUCAUUCCAUGGAUGACUGCCUUAUAAUUUUGUCUUUACACUUUAAUUGUGAAUGGUUAAUUUGUUGGCUGUUUUCUGACUUGUUUUAUGAUAUUAAAUUUUUAUUAGUGCGUA